CGGGAGAGGCGCGGGGCGCCCGGGCCCGGAACCCAGUUGCGCACUGGGUUGUGAUGAGAAAUCUAAUCAGAUCUUCGGCGGAGGGGCCGGCCGGAAGGCGAGCGCGUGGGGGCAGCUGAUCCCCCGAAAUCCUCGAGGGGGGCGCAGCGGCGGAGGGAAGCGAUCGACGACGUGAAAGGAGACUUUUUUUUUUUUUUGGUGGCGGUGGCUGUGGGGCGCCUUGCAAAAAUGAAGGAUGCGGGACGCAGCUCCUUCUCGGAGCCCGACGCAGCGGAUGCACUGACGGCGCCGGAGAGAAGCAAGAACGAAGCUUUUUCUGGAUCUUAACGCAGAAUGUGUGUGCGGGCACCCGGGGAGCGCCGGAGGGAAUGAAACCAACCCGUCUCGGCGCUGCGGGGGUUGGUGUGUUCCGACAUAAAUAAAUAAGAAUAAAACAGCUCCCCCCCUCCUCCCCCCGAAAGGAUGGUUGGAAAUGGGGAAGCGCGAAACCACGAAGAAAAAUGUUUAUUUUUCUCUCUAAAGGAGAAAGUACACCGAGGAGAUAUUUUUGGAGUGAAAAGUUUGGGGCUUUUUUUAGGAAAGUAAAAGACCUGAUAUGGUGUUGUUUUUCUUUUCUUUCUUUUUUUUUUUUUUUUUUUUUUUUUUUGCCUUGCUUCUUCCUUUUUUGAAUUUCCCACAAGAGGAGAGGAAAUUAGUAAUACAUCUGCAAAGAAAUUUCAGAGAAGAAAAGUUGACCGCGGCAGAAUGAGGGCUUUGGUCGGGGGCGAGAAACCAGCGGCGCACAGUUGGAUUUGUGCAUAUGUUGAGUAAAACUGACGGAUAAUUGCAGCUGGAUUUUUCUUCAUCAACCUUUUUCUUUCUCUUUUUUUUUUUUUAACCCCCUUUCCUUUCUUUGCUUUUUGGUGUCAAGAUCAUGUGUUUCCUCUUAUUCUUAACCUACUGGAUUUCCAUGUGGAUGUUGCUGUGGUGAGUCUGAAAUACAACAGUUUGAACUCCAGAAGGACCAGCACCAGAUAAAUUAUGAAUGUUGAACAAGAUGACCUUACAUCCACAGCAGAUAAUGAUAGGUCCUAGGUUUAACAGGGCCCUAUUUGACCCCCUGCUUGUGGUGCUGCUGGCUCUUCAACUGCUCGUGGUGGCUGGUCUGGUGCGGGCUCAAACGUGCCCUUCGGUGUGUUCCUGCAGCAACCAGUUCAGCAAGGUGAUUUGCGUUCGGAAAAACCUACGUGAGGUUCCAGAUGGCAUCUCCACCAACACGCGCCUGUUGAACCUUCAUGAGAACCAAAUCCAGAUCAUCAAAGUAAACAGCUUCAAGCACUUGAGGCACUUGGAAAUCCUUCAACUGAGUCGGAAUCAUAUUAGAACCAUUGAAAUUGGGGCCUUCAAUGGUCUGGCCAACCUCAAUACUCUGGAACUAUUUGACAAUCGUCUUACUACCAUCCCCAAUGGAGCUUUUGUAUAUUUGUCUAAACUGAAGGAGCUCUGGUUGCGAAACAACCCCAUUGAAAGCAUCCCUUCUUAUGCUUUUAACAGAAUCCCUUCUUUGCGUCGACUGGACUUAGGGGAAUUGAAAAGGCUUUCAUACAUCUCAGAAGGUGCCUUUGAAGGUCUCUCGAACUUGAGGUAUUUGAACCUUGCCAUGUGCAACCUCCGGGAAAUCCCUAACCUCACACCACUUAUCAAACUGGAUGAACUAGAUCUUUCUGGGAAUCAUUUGUCUGCAAUCAGGCCUGGCUCUUUUCAGGGGUUGAUGCACCUUCAAAAACUCUGGAUGAUACAAUCCCAGAUUCAAGUGAUUGAACGAAAUGCCUUUGAUAACCUUCAGUCACUGGUGGAGAUCAACCUGGCUCACAACAAUCUAACAUUACUGCCUCAUGACCUCUUCACACCCUUGCAUCAUCUAGAGAGGAUACACUUGCAUCACAACCCUUGGAACUGUAACUGUGACAUACUGUGGCUCAGUUGGUGGAUAAAAGACAUGGCUCCCUCCAACACAGCUUGUUGUGCCCGGUGUAACACUCCUCCCAGUCUGAAAGGGAGGUACAUUGGGGAGCUUGACCAGAAUUACUUCACAUGCUAUGCCCCAGUCAUUGUGGAGCCUCCUGCAGACCUGAAUGUCACUGAAGGCAUGGCGGCUGAGCUGAAAUGUCGAGCUUCCACAUCCCUGACAUCUGUAUCUUGGAUUACUCCAAAUGGGACAGUCAUGACACACGGGGCUUACAAGGUACGGAUAGCUGUGCUCAGCGAUGGUACAUUAAAUUUUACGAAUGUAACCGUGCAAGAUACGGGCAUGUACACGUGUAUGGUGAGUAAUUCUGUUGGAAAUACUACUGCUUCAGCCACCCUGAAUGUUACCGCAGCAACUACUACUCCUUUCUCUUACUUUUCAACUGUCACAGUAGAGACUAUGGAACCUUCUCAGGAUGAAGCACGGACCACAGAUAACAAUGUGGGCCCCACUCCAGUGAUUGACUGGGAAACGACCAAUGUGACCACCUCUCUCACGCCACAGAGCACAAGGUCAACAGAAAAGACAUUCACCAUCCCAGUGACUGAUAUCAACAGUGGGAUCCCAGGAAUUGAUGAGGUCAUGAAAACCACCAAAAUCAUCAUUGGGUGUUUUGUGGCCAUCACACUUAUGGCUGCAGUGAUGCUGGUCAUUUUCUAUAAGAUGAGGAAGCAGCACCAUCGGCAAAACCAUCAUGCUCCAACAAGGACUGUUGAAAUCAUUAAUGUGGAUGAUGAGAUCACAGGGGACACGCCCAUGGAAAGCCACCUGCCCAUGCCUGCUAUAGAGCAUGAGCACCUCAAUCACUAUAACUCUUACAAAUCUCCCUUCAACCACACAACAACAGUUAACACAAUAAAUUCAAUACACAGUUCAGUGCAUGAACCGUUAUUGAUCCGAAUGAACUCUAAAGACAAUGUACAAGAGACUCAAAUCUAAAACAUUCACAGUUACAGAAAACAAACAAUCAAAAACAGACAAUUUAUUAAAAAUGACACAAAUGACUGGGCUAAAUCUACUGUUUCAAAAAAGUGUCUUUACAAAAAAAAGAAAAGAAAUUUAUUUAUUAAAAAUUCUAUUGUGAUCUAAAGCAGACAAAAUUAUGUGUAUUCCUCAGAACCUGUUCUUGCUGCACUUAUUUACUAUUUUCCCCCAUCUCAUCCCUCCCUUCCCUGAUUGCCAUAUUUUUCAUAGAUCUCAACUCCCUAAAGAACUGGUCUAGGAAAUUUUGUAAGAAUUCUGUUACACUUUGAGAUUUUUAUGGUGAAUUCUAGUGGUGAGGUCCCAGUCCAUUCUCUCAAUCUCUUUCUGUCUUUAUUCUUUUCUUUCUUUUUCCUUCAUGCCUUUAUGAAGUAGUCCAAUGGGGAAUGCAAUAUUAGAAAUAGAUUUUUAAGAAAGAAUGAGGAAAUGCAAGAUCUUAUAUUUUUCAUGUAAUGACCUGUGCUGUAUUUAUAAGGAGGACCAUUCUAUGAAAGAAAAAAAAAGCAAAGAACAGAUUAAUUCACAUUUGAACAUCGAUAAAACCCAUGACUUUUAAACAACUCUAGAACCAGAAUUUGUAGUUCAAAAGCUUAAAAUAUGAUUAUAAAUAAAAUAUUGUUGGUUUUUCUGUA